GCGGCGGGGGUCCUGGGGGUCGUUAUGGUUCUGGUUCUGGUCAUCCUUAUCCCGGUUCUGGUCAACUCAGCGGGGACGGCAGCGCACUACGAGAUGCUCGGUACCUGCAGGAUGGUGUGCGAUCCGUAUGGCACUAAAUCUCCUACCAGCACAGCUACGGCGGACACGGUCAGAGACAACAGCCUCGUGCAGUCUUUACCCACUUUUAUCCAAGGUCCGAAGGGGGAACCGGGUCGUCCGGGUAAGGCAGGGCCAAGGGGACCUCCUGGUGAGCCGGGGCAGCCCGGUCCGGUCGGGCAGCCUGGAGAGAAAGGUCAACCAGGCAGACCAGGUUUACCAGGACCUCCGGGACCCAGCGUUGCCGCCGGUGCAAUUAGUGCGGCUACCUACAGCACCGUUCCAAAGAUCGCCUUUUACGCAGGGCUAAAAAAGCAACACGAGGGCUACGAGGUGCUCAAGUUUGACGACGUGGUGACCAAUCUAGGAAAUCACUACGAUCCGACCACCGGAAAGUUCACGUGCUCCAUCCCCGGGAUUUAUUUCUUCACUUACCAUGUCCUGAUGCGCGGAGGAGACGGCACCAGCAUGUGGGCUGAUCUGUGCAAAAACAACCAGGUGCGUGCCAGUGCCAUAGCCCAGGAUGCAGACCAGAACUAUGACUAUGCCAGUAACAGCGCUGUGCUGCAUCUGGAGCCAGGAGACGAGGUCUACAUUAAACUAGAUGGAGGCAAAGCUCAUGGAGGCAACAACAAUAAGUACAGCACCUUCUCUGGAUUCAUCAUCUAUGCUGACUAG